CCAUUUUGUGAAAGCCGGUCAGCCGACUAAAGCUUCGUCCCCGUGUAAAGGAAGAUUCAAAGAAAAACAGAAAUUGGGCGGACCCGUCGAUCGCUAGCCAGUUAUUAUCCGAAAGCAAAGUCAAUCUUAUCGUAUGUCCGCUAUCCAGAACCUCCAAACUUUCGACCCAUUUGCAGAUGCAACUAAGGGUAAUGACAGACUCCCAUCUGGGACUGACGACUACAUCCACAUAAGAAUCCAGCAGCGUAACGGCAGGAAGACUCUGACCACGGUCCAGGGCAUAGCCAUCGACUAUGAUAAGAAGAAGCUAGUCAAGGCCUUUAAGAAGAAAUUUGCCUGCAAUGGGACAGUGAUUGAGCACCCAGAGUAUGGGGAAGUGAUUCAGCUGCAAGGUGACCAGCGCAAGAAUAUCUGCACGUUUCUGAUUGAGAUUGGCCUGGCGAAAGAGGAGCAGCUCAAGGUCCACGGAUUCUAGAAGCUCUCAGCAGCCUCAUCUCCCCUGGUCCUGAUACACUACAUGGCCAAAAUUAUGUGGACACCCCUUCAAAUUAGUGGAUUCGGCUAUUUCGGCCACACCCAUUGCUGACCGGUGUAUAAAAUAGAGUACACGCCAUCCAAUCUCCAUAGACAAACAUUGGCAGUAGAAUGGUCCGUACUGAAGAGCUCAGUGACUUUCAACGCGGCACCGUCAUAGGAUGCCACCUUUCCAACAAGUCAGUUCGUCAAAUUUCUGCCUUGCUAGAGCUGCCCCGGUCAACUGUAAGUGCUGUUAUUGUGAAGUGGAAACGUCUAGGAGCAACAACGGCUCAGCCGAGAAGUGGUAGGCCGCACAAGCUCACAGAAGGGGAUCGGCAAGUGCUGAAGCAAGUAGCAUGUAAAGAUCGUCUGUCCUCGGUUGCAACACUUACUACUGAGUUCCAAACUGCCUCUGGAAGCAACGUCAGCACAAUAACUGUUCGUCGGGAGCUUCAUGAAAUGGGUUUCCAUGGCCGAGCAGCCGCACACACGCCUCAGAUCACCAUGCGCAAUGCGAAGCGUCGGCUGGAGUGGUGUAAAGCUCACCGCCAUUGGACACUGGAGCAGUGGAAACGCAUUCUCUGGAGUGAUGAAUCACGCUUCACCAUCUGGCAGUCCGAUGGGCGAAUCUGGGUUUGGCGGAUGCCAGGAGAACGCUACCUGCCCGAAUGCAUAGUGCCAACUGUAAAGUUUGGUGGGGAAGGAAUAAUGGUCUGGGGCUGUUUUUCAUGGUUUGGGCUAGGCCCCUUAGUUCCAGUAAAGGGAAAUCUUAACGCUGCAGCAUACAAUGAAAUUCUAGAUGAUUCUGUGCUUCCAACUUUGUGGCAACAGUUUGGGGAAGGCCCUUUCCUGUUUCAGCAUGAUAAUGCCCCCAUGCACAAAGCGAGGUCCGUACAGGACUGGUUUGUUGAGCUCGGUGUGGAAGAACUUGACUGGCCUGCACAGAGCCCUGACCUCAACCCCAUCGAACACCUUUGGGAUGAAUUGGAACGCCGACUGCGAGCCAGGCCUAAUCGACCAACAUCAGUGCCGGACCUCACUAAUGCUCUUGUGGCUGAAUGGAAGCAAGUCCCUGCAGCAAUGUUCCAACAUUUAGUGGAAAGCCUUCCCAGAAGAGUGGAGGCUGUUAUAGCAGCAAAGGGGGGACCAACUCCAUAUUAAUUCCCAUGAGAUUGACAAGCAGGUGUCCACAUACUUUUGGUCAUGUACACUGAACAAAAAUAUAACUGCAGCAAUUUCAAUGAUUUUACUGCAUUACAGUUCAUAAAAGAAAUCAGACAAUUUAAAUAAAUUCAUUAGGCCCUAAUCUAUUGAUUUAAUAUGAAUGGGCAGGGCUGCAGCAAUGGGUGGGUCUGGGAGGGCAUAGGCCUACCAUCUUGGGAGCCAAGCCCAAUCAAUCAGAAUUAGUUUUUCCUGACAAAAGGGCUUUAUUACAGACAACCUCCUCAGUAACCUUUCAUUUACAGGGAUGUAAACAAAUUUGUGCACAAUUUGAGAAAUGUUUUUUGUGCUUAUGGCAAAUGUUUAUGAUCUUCUAUUUCAGCUCGUAAAAUGUUGGUUCCACAUUUCAACUGUUGCAUUUAUAUUUUUGUUCAGUGCUGUGCCAAUAUCUCUGUUUAAAUGUUUUCCCCAUUAGAUUUUGUUUGUAUUGAAUUGAUGUCUGUGUGCAGUGGCUUCCUUUGUUCGCUUAUCUACUUUCCCUCCCUCCCACUACUGUUUGCUGAAAGAAUGGGAUAGAAUUCUACUUGGUGACAGGUCACAAAUGAACGAGAGUAAGUCGUCUGGUCAUAAGAUGAUGCUUAGAAGCAAAAUGAGACUGUCAACUGUGGAAGGUGUUCAGUGAUGGGUCCCCAUGUAGACCUACCUGGUUCUGAAGGUUAUCGAUCAUCCCCAAGUGGCAACUCAUGUCUUUACGGUCACCAAGGGAUCUUCUCUCCCAAUGUUCCUUGAUCUGUAGCUCAAGCUGCGUGUUGGUUCCCUCUAGUGAGUGCACCUGAGCCACACAGACAUCGAGCCUCACACAUUCAUACAACACAUCCUAGGUAGACUUCUCACUGUUUUAGCCACUAAGAGAGGAAUCGCAACUGAGUGUACUUGAAAGCACUGGGUGGCCGUUCUAUCGCAUCUGACCAGAAUAUCAUCUGAUUUUUACACCUAAUGAUAGGAGAAGGUGAAGAGUAGUUCUUUAGGCUAACAGUGAAAAAAAAAACCCUACAAUUGUGAUGCGAAAAGGUAUCUCAUUUAGAUUCUCCGUGUAGGACGCAAAGCGACCAUUAAGAUCUUCCAGGUUCUCCCUCUUGCUGAUGCACAGGGAGCCUGAUAAUUUUGUCAUGCUCCCUGGGACACUUGAUGCAUACCCCAUUGAGGUCCAAUAUCCUCCUGCACCACCACAAACACUGUUCCAGUGUCCCCCUCUGCAGUCGUGGGAGAGCUGCUUAGCGCCACUGGCGCGGAACAACUGCAUUGAUGCUGUCACGGCUGCUGUCAACGUCCCUCCAACCUGGGGUCUGAUGUGAUGCUAUAAAGGGCUUUUUUGAACUGUGCAAAAAUGUUACAUGUUUUUGUCUAUUGAAAGCAAGGGUAGGUGUGAAGAAACCCUGCCCACUACACAAAUCUACAACAACAGAAACAAUUGUGGGUAUGUCUAUGGUGGAAUUAUGUUUUCUUCUCUUUCAAAUGUAAAUUGGAUGGUUCUGAAGGCAGGAUCACAGUGAAAAAAAGGUCUAUAUGGAGACAGAAUACAUUGUAAAACUUUUUUUCUUUCUGGAAGUGGACCAAUAAAUACAUUUUUAAGUUGCCUACAGUGAAAAAUACAUUAACUGGUUAAGUGAAAUAUACAUAAUGACACAUCAAAAGUCACAUUUUAAGUGGUAAAUUGAAUAAAACAUUACACUCUUUAUUAUAAACUGGGUGGUUCGAGCCCUGAAUGCUGAUUGGCUGACAGCUGUGGUAUAGCAGACUGUAUACCAUGGGUAUGACAUCUUUUUUUACUGCUCUAAUAACGUUAGUAGCCAGUUUUUAAUAACAAUAAGGCACCUCGGGGGUUUGUAGUAUGUGGCCAAUAUACCACACCUUCUCGGGCCUUAUUGCGUAAUUAAGACACUGUCCUAAAGUGACCAGAAGAAUGCUUUGUUCCAAAAUGUUGACACAUUGCUUAAAGCUAAAUUGUUGUUGAAAGGUAAUCAUUUCCACCCAAAAUGACAGGUACUUUCUACAUGUUAUGUCUGACAAAAACUGUUCAAGCUAAAUUCUAGCUAUCGGCGGCAUAUAAUCUUGGAAUUUAAUGAAGUUCAAAAGAUCACCUUCAGCUUUUCUUCCAUAAUGAGAUAAAUUUACAUUGCCACAGAAAGAUUAAUGACUUGUUUAUUCUGUGGGGAAAUGUUAUCAGACCAGCUUGACAUUAUUUAUAAGUGAAGAUAUGAAAAGUGACAAUGACGAUAAAGGCCACUGGUGGCUCGGUGGAUGCCACCCUAUCUCGACACCAGUUUUUCCCAAGUGGUGCGUCAGGACCUAUUGGUGGGUUGAGGUCAGAUCCUUUUUUUUCGUGGGGGUCAAAAGACACUAACAAAUGUAGGACCCACUGCAUGGAUGAGCAGUGGCCAACUGCAAGAUCAUUGAGUGUCAAUGGGGGUGUUGUUUACAGCAAGAAUGCCACUCAUGAGCCUUUUUCUCCUUUGGUGGCACUACACCAAAUCUAUGUUGGUGACAAUGAUGUACAACAACCGUAAUCUCUUAAUGAUCCUUUUUUGUCACUGUCAUAAGAUGACCUUUAAGGGAGAGGUUAGCAGCAAGGCCUGAAUUCCUGUUAUUUUGAAAGGGCUAUGUAGUUUUCAGUUUUCCCCUCCCCACUCAGAUCACUUCCAGACAGUCCUAGCAAAACUGCUACCCAGAAGUGAUGUCAUAUUGAGAUACAAAUGAGAUGCAGCAUCUGUAUGCUUUUAGGUUCACCCAUCAUGUUCAACUUUAUUAAGAAUGUAGUCAAGUCAGGUGAUGGAUUUCAUAACAGAGAGGAGUUUGCAUUUUCUGUGCAUGUUAGUGUGUUUACCAAUUAAUUGUUCUACUGGCAUAAUCGGAUCAUAAUAAAGUACUGUAGAUACCUAACA